AGUAGUGAGUAGUAGCAGAGUUCAUCAUGGAUAAAAGAAUACUUUGCUGGAUAUGUCUGCUGGCAUAUUUUCAGACAUCUUUGGCACAAACAACCACAACUGCAGCACCAACCACAACAACUACAACUGCAGCACCAGCAACCAUAACUGCAGCGCCAACCACUACAACUGCACCAACAACCACUACAACUGCAACGCUAACCGCAACUGCAGCACCAACCACACCUGCGUCACCAACAACCACUGCAGCACCAACAACCACUACAACUGCAGCACCAGCAACUAUAACUGCAGCGCCAACCACUACAACUGCACCAACAACCACUACAACUGCAACGCUAACCGCAACUGCAGCACCAACCACACCUGCGUCACCAACAACCACUGCAGCACCAACAACCACUACAACUGCAGCACCAGCAACCAUAACUGCAGCACCAACCACUACAACUGCACCAACAACCACUACAACUGCAACACUAACCGCAACUGCAGCACCAACCACACCUGCAUCACCAACAACCACUGCAGCACCAACAACCACUACAACUGCAGCACCAGCAACCAUAACUGCAGCGCCAUUCACUACAACUGCACCACCAACAACAACCACUACAGCUGCAGCACCGGCAACCAUAACUGCAACAGUAACCACAACUACUGCACCAACAACCACAACACUAACCACCACUACAACUGCAGCACCAACCACCACUACAACUAUAACACCAACCACAACUGCAGCACCGGCAACCACAACUGCAGCACCAACGAAUACAACUACAGCAACAACCACAACUGCACUACCAACCACCACUACAACUACAGCACCAACCAACACAACUACAACACCAACCAUAACUGCAGCACAAACCACUACAACUACAGCACCAACAACCACAACUGCAGCGCCAACUACUACAACUACAACUAAAACUGCAGCACAAAGCACCACAACCCCUACAGAAGGGUCAACCACCAUUCAAAUUCCAACAGGCCCACAAGCACUUGCACAUCUAAAGAUAAAGAUGACUACAUACGGGCAGGUUAGCAAUGCAACCAUCAUUGCCCUUCUUGAACAGUUUAACACCAAGGUCCUGAAUGGUAUACCCCACAUUCUCUCUGUGACAAACAUUAAAAAAGUUGGAGCAUAAAAAUUGAAUGUGGACACAAGUCAAAAAUAAAAAUAUAAAGGCAAGAAUUUAACAGUGAGUUAGUAGAUUUGUUUCAACAUGAUCCGGAGCGGCAGUUUGCCUCAGUCGCUUCAUCAUAUCCUGA